GCUGUUCCAUAAAUUAGUUACAUGGUAAGUACAACGGCUAUUAAGUAAUUAUUCUGUAUUAUGACACCUUAAAAUAAAUUGUUACCCUGUAUAGUUAUUCAUUAACGAUUGAACAGCAUUCUAGUGUUACCGGUUUCCCAAAUUAAAAAAAAUACUCCAGUAAAGUACAUGUACUUCAUUAAAGUUACUUUCCACCACUGUUGUCCUCUUUAUAACCCACAUGUGACAAUGUGUUAUGUCUUUAAUCAGGAUGGCCAUACGUGUAAUUUUGUUACUAACACUUUUUACUGGGCUGUGUGUCGCUGAUUCAAAAGAGAAUCUUGCUCUUAAUGCCGUGGUGGUGCAGUCCUCCUUAUACAAUGCAGAUGGAGAUGCUGAACAUGCAGUAGACGGAAAAAGAGACACAAAUUGGGAGCAGCAUUCAUGCACUCACACUCUAGUUGAGUUUAAUCCUUGGCUGAGAAUUGACCUUGGAAAUGUCUACAGUAUAAGAAAGGUUGCCCUCACUAAUCGUGGAGACUGUUGCAAAGAGCGAAUCAGAGGAGCUCAGAUUCGUAUCGGUAACAAACUGGAGAACAACGGAAACAACAAUGAGCUGGCUGCAACUGUUCUCACUGUUUUCGACGGCACAAAAACAUUCGAGUUUGAGCCUGUUAACGGCCGAUAUGUCAACAUUGUUUUACCCGGGAAUGAUGAAAUCCUUACUCUGUGUGAAGUCGAGGUGUUUGCAGAAGAGGACAAACCAUUAUACAUUUGUGUUCCAAGGAAUCUUGCUCUUGGAGGCAAAGCUGUCCAGUCUACCACAUACCCUGAAUUAGGAGCUGCUCAAAAUGCUGUCGAUGGCAACAGGCAGUCGAUUUACGCACGAGGGUCAUGCAGCGUGACUAACGGGGACAGGGACUCCUGGUGGAGAGUUGACUUGGGAGACGUCUACAGGGUAACCAGAGUUAGCAUUACUAAUCGUGGAGACUGUUGUGAAAAGAGGAUUGAGGGUAUUCAGAUCCGUAUCGGCAACAGCCUGGAGAAUAACGGCAACAAUAAUGAGCUGGCAGCAACUGUUGGGGCCAUGCCACUUGGAGACACUAAAACAUUUGAGUUCAAGCCUAUUAAAGGGCAAUACGUCAACCUUUUUCUGCCUGGACGCAAUGAAUACCUCACACUGUGUGAAGUUGAGGUAUAUUCAGAUUAAGUGGAACAAAAUGAUGUUACACCUCUACACCACUGAUCCUAUAAGCAAAAUUAAUCAAACUACUGUUUUCUGAGCAAUACGAGUAUUGUACAUUUUAAUUUUACCUAUGCACCUUUUAUCUUUAAGAGCUCUUUUGGUGCACAUUUAGUAAAGUUUUGAAAUGGUGAAGGUUUAAAGCUUUAAAAUUAUUAAUCUCAGUUGGCUGCAGGUUGUGUAUUUACACCCUGAACACCCAUCUUUGUUUACAUUUGCUUUCCAAAUAAAUUACUACAUCAUUG